AAUGGUGGGAGAAAAUCACUGGGCUAGCGGAUUGCAAGUGGAUUUACGUCGGCCCCAUCCAUCGAUAAACUUAAAGUGCUUCAUUUCAACACAUUUUUAUUCUUCUUUCGUCUAGAUUUCUGUUCAAAAAUAAACCCACACUCCCUCUCGACCAUGCAUCACAGCUAAAUCCUCGCUACAACGCUAAAGUAGAUCCCUCUCUCUCCCAAUCCCCGCGGUUGAAAUCGUUGGAGUCAAAAAAAGAAACACCAACAACUUCCUUUUCUUUUUUACUAUAAUUAAGAAGCACCCACCUUAGUUGUCUUCUUCCAAAAUCUGCAUUAUCAUACAAGCUUAUUCCUCUACCAAACCCAACGUCCGAAGGAACAUUAAUUUCAACUCAAUUGUCUGCUAAAAAAUGAGUUCGACUAAUGAGAAUGCAGUGAAGCCCUUCAAGAUCUUCGUGGGCUAUGAUACACGUGAAGACAUUGCCUUUCAGGUUUGUCGCCACUCCCUCUUGAAGAAAUCUUCGAUCCCCCUUGAGAUCAUACCAAUCAAGCAAUCAGAGCUGAGAGAAAACGGCUUGUAUUGGCGUGAAAAGGACCGAUAUGAGAGCACCGAGUUCUCCUUUUCAAGAUUUUUGACUCCACGUUUGGCCAACUUCGAGGGUUGGGCAAUGUUUGUGGAUUGUGACUUCCUCUACUUAGCAGAUAUUAAGGAGCUGAGCGACUUGAUUGACGACAAGUACGCUAUCAUGUGUGUUCAACAUGACUAUGCUCCAAAGGAGACCACAAAAAUGGAUGGGGCAGUGCAAACUUUGUACCCCAGAAAGAAUUGGUCUUCUAUGGUGUUGUAUAAUUGUGGCCAUCCCAAGAACCGUGAUCUCACUGCUGACACUGUGAACUCACAAACCGGUGCUUUCUUACACAGGUUUCAGUGGCUCCAAGAUGAUGAAAUUGGGUCCAUUCCUUUUGUUUGGAACUUCCUUGAGGGGCACAACAAGGUUGUUGAGAGUGACCCUAGUACUUUCCCUAAGGCUGUUCAUUAUACUCGUGGAGGGCCAUGGUUUGAAGCAUGGAAGAACUGUGAAUUUGCUGAUCUUUGGCUGAAUGAAAGGGAUGAGUACCUGAAUGAGGCCAAAAAGGCAAUUACAAAUUAGGUUGAAUUAAUCUCUCAGCUGUGUGAGGGAGUAAAUUAUUAUGAUCACGUGUCUUCUUCAUUUCAAGUUGCCUGUGGAAGUUUCGUAUGAGUGGUGGAGAAUAAACCUAUGGCAUUGCUGUUCUAUAUAAAGUUAGUAUUGGUAUUGAACUACGUAGCCACAAGUUCAGAUUAAAUACUUUCAUGAAGUUUUUUUUUUACUUAAUCACCUAUACACUGUCAGUGUAAAAGCAGUCAAUCAGAACUGUUAAUAGUGUCUUUUCAUCAGUUCAUUUAAUUAAAUUAAAAUAAAAAAGGUACUAUUAAGACUCU